GCCUCCCAUUGCUGCUGCCAGGCCCGUAAUCUGCCAUGGGCCCCUGUACUGCCUCCUCAUGCUGCUGCCAGGCCCGUAAUCUGCCAUGGGCCCCCGUACCGCCUCCUCAUGCUGCUGCCAGGUCCAGAGUGUGUGUCAUGGGUCCCUGUACGGCCUCCCAUUGCUGCUGUCUCCAUCGCCACAUCGCCACACUCUGCCAUGUGCCACUUUCAGGUCUCCUCACACUGCUGGUGGGUUCCAUUUUUGUCAUAGGGUGCUGUAUGGCCUCCCAUUGCUGCUGCCUCCACCGCCACACUGUGGCUCCACACUCUGGUUUUGGCCCCGUGACUGCCCAAAUGAGUGAAGUGUGCGGUGAUUCUAAGAUCGACGGCACUCAUCUGCAUGUCAUACUGACUGACAGUAUUAUUUCUCUUCCCCAGCAGACUCCAAGGGCAUUUAAAUUAAAGGUACAGUGUUCUGCACUAAUAUAA